AAGACUUGGAGGCGUGAGCAAGGCUGAUGGGGAGGGAUCUACAGUUGCCAAGGAGCUUUCCUCCAAGUGUGGAAAGCCCAAAGGUAACCUUUUUGGAAGAUCGAGGAUUAGAAGCAAGAUUUGAAGAUCUGGCACACAAGUUCCCUCGCACCCGACAAGGGCCUUGGCACUUCCAGCGUUGGAACCUCCCUCUUUCCUAUUGUCAGCUACAGUACUAAAAUAUGAUGGCGUCCUUUCUGAAGAAGUUUCAGAUCCUGAAAAAGAAGGAUAUGGAAAGCGAUGAGUCCUUUGCCCCAGCCAACCGGGGGCAAAGGGACCUUCGAGAGGCCCACUUCUCGGGACUUCAGCAACCCAGUCCCCAAGACCCAGCCAACCAGAGGACAUCUCAGCUCUUGCCUUUGCUGGUGAAGCCAACCCCUUCUCCGGCAGCAGCAGAUGCCAAGAAGAAAACUCAGGUCCAGCCGGUGGUCUUCCCCGAGUUGGUGCGGCGUUCCAGCAACAGCAAGGCUAUUCCGGGAACAAGUAGGCCUGAUGACAAGUAUGCAAGUUAUCCUCCAGUGGAUAUCAAUUUUCCAACGCUAAAUUCAAAGGAGAAGCCCAAGAAAGUCCCCACCCCGCCGGUGAAAAAGAAACCGGAGUCAACCUUGCCUAUAUAUCCAGAACUCUCUGAUGAGCUAUUCAAAUAUCUUUGGGACCCCAGGAAGCUGCAGAAAGGGAGGUCUGUCAAAGAAUGCCUUGAGACGAUGGAUGAGAGGGAAGUUCUCGACACCAUCCUGGCCCAUAUCAACUACUCUCUCCGGCGUGGCUCCAGUGCAGAUUCCAGACAAAGGAGAAAAUCAGACCCUCCAGGAGUCCAGAAAAUAAUGGGGCACCAAAAGCCAAAAACAACUCCACAAGAAAAGAUUCCCCUUUACAGAUACUUUGGGCUGAAGCUCCGGGAUUCAAGACAUAAGGAUGUCGUCAGUGAAUACCUGCAUACGCUGAUGGGUUUUGCAUUCUAUGACGAAGUAGACAGAGAGGGCGUCUCCGAAGCCAUUGGUGUCAUUGCGUUUUGUCACCUGUCUGAGAUCCUUUGUGUGCUUAGAGAUUAUGGCCACUUGGUGCCCCAAAGGAGAUCUUUGCAGCAAAUACCAGAGGAAUUAAGGAAUCUCUCCGAAAGUUACAUCCGCACCGCCUUGAUGUUGUGCUAUGGGCAAGCAGCCAUUGGUGCAAGGCCAGAGGACAUGCUGGCUUUGGUGGAGCUCAUGGUCUCGGAGAUCCUCUUCCAGUACCGAGGCAACUUCAAGGAUGAGACGUUGAAGAAGACCUUCAUGAGGGCUGUGAUUAUGAUAAGCAAGGCUCUUCUGCAUGUCAAGAAGAACGACGUUCAUUUCCCCCGUAAAACUGAGCUGGUCAUAUGCAUUAUAGAAGUUAUUGACGAAGAGCCGCUGGGGUCAUUCGCCAUUACGAUCCUUCACCAAGCUCUGGUCACAGCCACCUGUAUGACUUCAUUGAAGCCACCAGUGGACUCAGAUGUGAGGUCUGACCUGGUGAGCAAAAGCGUCAAGAAGGUCUUCUCCUUGCCUGCUCUAAAGAUGACGAAGUUGAAAGCAGGAAGCCCAAUGCACCCGAUCCAGAGCCAGGACUUUUAUCAACAGACCGUCAUUGCUUGCCAAAACAUGCUGACCGGUUUGCUGUCGGAGUCCCCAAAUCUGGAGUUGCUACAGGAUAUUUUGAUACACACCAACAGCUGGAUCGACUCACAAAAGAGCUACGAACGGGAAAGAGCCGUGCGGAGCACCAGCCACCUGCUGAAGUAUGUCGCUGAGCACCUGGACUUCGAUACGUCGCCUGAGUUUUCCCUGCUUGGACACCUGGUGGCGCUGUUGGCCCUCCACACUGCUGACAGCGUCAAGGAGAUUGGCCAGGUAGCAGCAGAGGCAAUGUAUCACCUGCACUACAUCAUCAUGAGCAAAAUGGCCAAGGAGAUUGAGAAGAGGCACAAGAAUAAGAAAGGGAACGUGGUGAAAUGGCUUCGAGAAGACUUCUUCAUCUCUGGCCCUACCGUCUUUUACAACAAUAUUGCUAAAGUGGCACAGGCUUUUGGUGAGCAUCUCUCCAGCAGCCAGAUCACAGAUCUUGUGCUCAAGGCAAUAGACCAUCUCAUGAACGAAGACAAGGCUAUUUCUCAGGCCGCAGGGUUGCUCCUGAGCUCCUUCCUGGAAGAAUGUGGGAUGGAUAUGGAGGAUCUGCCCAUGAUUGUCAAGGAAAUCUACAGCCACCUCUCCCGGAUCAACGACCCAUUGACCAAAGAAUUGACCCUGAAGGCGGUGUGCAGCUUAGCCUCCAAGCGCCUGAACGGAGUGGUAGACAUCCUUCUGGAAUGCUCAGUGGAAUGUGAUGAGAAUGUGGCAGAGAUAUGGAAGGCAUUGGUUUCCGAUCCAUAUGCCAACAUCAAGCUUAUCAGACCCCUACUCAAGCGGUUGCAGGAUGAAGACCCGCUCUCGGAAGUCACAUUCAGGCGGCACAGCAAGUCUCUCAUGCCAAUAGCGGCCACCAAUGCGCUGUGUCUGAUCCUGUCCUUGCCGGAGGCCUCUGAUGCGCUGCAGAACAAGUUCCCCCACCUGCUCCUGGCGCUGACCACCCAAAUCUACUUUGUCCUUGGGUCGGGCAGGAAAGGAUCCAGGACACUUGGACAACCCACCACACUGAGCACUACUAUCCAGGCUCUGAAAAACCUGAUUGCAUGCGCUGGCUACAUCCGGGAAUACAGCAUUUUGGGGCUGCAAGGAUGCUGGGACAUGUUGGCGGAUCAAGAGACUUUCUUUGAAGGUCUAUUUCAUCUAGCAAGGACUUUGUUUGCCUUCACCAAGGUGCACAUCAAGAUGACGUUCAAACAGGCUAACGGAUACCUCCGGCGCACUAAUGUGAAGGAGAGGAUCGUUGGCAUGGCAUUCUUCACUGAGCUCCUUUAUCACCCAGAGAUAGGCCUCUUCUUUGUGAAGCAAGACAUCCUGGACGUCAUCCGAGAGUGGAUGAACCAAAGCUGUCCCCUCAUGCGGCUCUUCAGCAUCCGAGGGCUGGGGCACCUCCUUCAGCAUCCUCUGGAGGAUGAGGCCUUGGAGCCCCUUCUCGCCCCCUUGAUCAACUGUGCUUUCGAUUCCGACCGGAAUAUUGCCAAAGAGUCUUUCAAGUCCAUCCAGUAUAUGUACCAACACUUGGAUAUCGAGGAAUUUGGGUGCGCGGGGACCGGUCUUAUCCCUCACCUCUCCAAACUCAUGAGUGAUGAUGACGUUGAAUUGCGUCGUUCCGCCAUUAUCCUCUUUGGGAUCCUAUUGAAAGGCGUAAGAGAAAUCCAUAGGAAAAGUGUGACAGAAGAUGUCUUUAGAAGCUUGGUUCCCCUCUUAAUCCAGCUUUCAGACAUUUCAACCAGAGAAGCCGCCCGGGGAGCCCUCCGCAGCUGUGCCGUCUUCCUGAAGUGGACUAACAUGCCCUUUGACAUCUUUGACUAUGAAAAACACGACAACAUCACCACCACAUAUCUAAAUAUCUGCAACUAUGUUAUAUGGAAUAAUAAGCCGAAUUUUCCAGGAAUGCUGGCUCACAUGGUUGAAUUCCUGAAGAGCAGGAAUGCAUCCUACCGAGAGGCAGCAGCCAUAUUGAUAGCAUGCAGUGCACAGUUUAUGAAACCAGACAUGGUGUCUACGGCGGAUGUUGAGAACGUUUUUGUAGCCCUUCGGGAGCUCCAGGGUGACUGCGACGUUUUGGUGACCAGUGCGGCCGUCCAAUCCAUUGAAGAAGUAUACCGGCAUUGUGGUUAUCGGAUCAACCCACAGCUUGUCCCCAGCCAACUCAUGCUCAUGCUAAAAAACAGCAUGUCAAAGCCGGGCUUUGAGGCCAGGCAUUGAACUAGGUCUGGAGAGGAAGCAGACAAACAAGAGGAAUAUUGCGUGUUUCCAUGUGGCAUGGGGAUGCGUCCUGGGAAGAGCCACCUGGAGAGGACCAGGAUGGCAUUGCUUCUCUGGCCUUUGGUCGGAUGGAGAGCAUUUCUGGAGAACUGAGUCUGAGGAAAGCUGUGCAGCCACAAGCAAGAGUGCUUGGAGAGGGCCCAUGGCAACCACGGGGUUCGCUGCCAUACCACGAAAGCCCACUGCAUCUCUAUAUUUACUAGUCUCAUUGCUCCACAGAAUUAAGAGUAAUCUAUAGGUAAGGUGGAUGCCGAGGGCUGGAAACCCGUUUGGUGGUGAGGUCAUCUCCCUUCCAAAGUACAAGAGCAAGAGAUCCUUAUUAUUAUCAGCAAAUGGUCUAUGAAACAACAAUAAAGUAAAAAAGCUCCACAAACA